CGGCGCAAGAUGGCGGAGGAGGGCUCGGUGUGCAGCUUCGUCUUCAAGAAGCGGGGUCUGGCGGCGGGUAGAGGCCGGCGGAAGCGGCCCAGCAGCGACCAGGAGCAGGAGAGCAGCGGUGAGGAGGGCAGCACGGUGGUGCGGAAGGAGCGGCGGCGGGAGGCCCCCAACCCAAUGAUCCAGAAGACCAGGAGGUGCACGAAGGAGCGGCCCUCGUACGCGCUGAGCAGCAGCGAUGAGGAUGAUCCAUCGAAGGAGAUUGGAGUCACUUACAGAUCAACAAGGUCGGCGAAACCUGUUGGCCCAGAAGACAUGGGGGCCACAGCAGUGUAUGAACUGGACACAGAGAAGGAUAAAGAUGCCCAGGCCAUCUUCGAGCGCAGCCAGAAAAUCCAGGAGGAACUGAGAGGAAAAGAAGAUGAUAAAAUUUACCGUGGUAUUAACAACUACCAGAAGUAUGUGAAGCCCAAAGACACAUCAAUGGGAAAUGCCUCUUCAGGAAUGGUCAGAAAAGGACCCAUCCGUGCUCCAGAGCACCUGCGGGCCACGGUGCGGUGGGAUUACCAGCCAGACAUCUGUAAGGACUACAAAGAAACGGGGUUCUGCGGCUUUGGAGACAGCUGCAAAUUCCUGCACGACCGCUCAGACUACAAACACGGCUGGCAGAUAGAACGGGAACUGGAUGAAGGCCGCUAUGGAGUCAAUGAUGAAGAAAACUAUGAGGUGAGCAGUGAUGAGGAGGAUAUGCCUUUCAAAUGCUUCAUCUGCAGAAGUUCCUUCAAGAACCCCGUGGUCACCAAAUGUAGGCAUUACUUCUGUGAGAGCUGUGCCCUCCAGCACUAUCGCAAAUCCCAGCGCUGCUACGUGUGUGACAAGCAGACCAAUGGAGUCUUCAACCCAGCAAAAGAACUCAUGGCAAAAUUGGAAAAACACAAAGGGGAGGAGGAAGAGGAGGAGGAGUCAGACCACUCAGACCAUGGAGAAGACCCGCACUAGCAGAGCACUGUUUUGUAUGGAGCCAAAUAAAGUUUUCAUGGGAACAAA